ACCUAAUGUUUUGUAAUGUUCGUUUUGCCUUUUUCUUUGCGUCACUUCCGGUUCCCACUCCUUUCUGCCUCCAUCGCCUGUUGCGUGAGCCGCGUGUUUACACACUCCCAGAUGAAGGAGUCGAUAAUGAACCAGGAGAAGCUUGCCAAACUGCAGGCGCAGGUCCGCAUUGGUGGCAAGGGGUCAGCCCGAAGGAAGAAGAAGGUGGUGCACAGAACAGCUUCAGCUGAUGAUAAGAAGCUGCAGUUUUCGCUGAAGAAACUAGGCGUCAACAACAUCUCUGGUAUCGAGGAGGUGAACAUGUUCACAAACCAGGGGACAGUGAUCCACUUCAAUAACCCAAAGGUUCAGGCCUCCUUGGCUGCCAAUACGUUCACGAUCACAGGACACGCUGAGAAUAAACAGCUAACAGAGAUGCUUCCAGGAAUCCUCAACCAGAUGGGAGCUGACAGUCUUACUAGCCUCAGGAGACUAGCAGAAACCCUGCCCAAACCAGUUGGAGAGAACAAAGCCCCAAUGGUUGCUGUAGAAGAGGAAGAUGAUGAGGUUCCUGAUCUCGUGGAAAACUUCGAUGAGGCUUCAAAGAACGAGGCCAAUUAACCAACAUCAGAAUAUCACAAUGUUCAUGUCAUCUUUUAUUUGUGGCUACAAAUAUAACCUGAUUUUAAAUGUAACACUUGGAAGAAGAAAAUUUACUUUUUACAGAACAUGUUAUUAUACAGUUAAAGCUAACUAAACUUUGUAGAAAGUGCACAACUUCUCUUUCUCGUGCUGCCUUCCCUACAUUGCAGUUACCCACGCAGCAAAAAUGUAUUGGUGGAAUUAAUUGUGUAAUAAAGAUUCAAUUUCUUUCA